AUGGAAAACCGACGAUCUUUAGAGUCCCUAACAGUUUUGGAGCUGGAAGAAUUGCUCUCAAAGCAGCUUCACUUACGCGACCAUUUUCUUCCCAAGUUGCCUGAUUUCGGUGAAAAACUAGUGAGGUCAAUUGAAAAGAUUCGGGAUAUAUUAUCAGAGAAAAAGACUCGCCUCCUCAAAGAUGACGAAAGCCAUCCCAUAGCGAAUAAGGAAACAAAGGUCACUCAUGGAUUAUCAAAUUUGACUUCGAUUCAUGAAGGAAGCGAAUCGGAAACUUGUACUAAUACAGAUCCUAAAGAAGAUUCCAUUGACAGUCUAUCAAAUAAUCUUUCCAAUAUAUCUAUUAGUUUACCUUGUAAUGAUACUACUUCAGAUUCGGAUGAAAAAUAUGAUAAUAUUUCAUGUUUAUCGUAUGAUGAGUAUACUGGCAUUAGACAAUCGUUAAAUCUUCCAUGCUCUUAUAUUUCAAGUUCGUUCCAAUGGUUCACCUUCACAUUUCGGUUCGUGGGUAAUUUAGUAUAUUUAUCUGUAUUGGAUUGUAGCAAUCCUAAUCGAAGCCUUUUACGUGCUGGUCUUGUAAACACAUGGUUUCCUGAUAUGAAUUGUAUUAACGCAAAAUCCACUUUGAAUGAAAUACCAUUGAAAAAAAUAUCACUUAGUCAACCAACACAUGCAUUACAUGAUUUAUGGUUAUUUAUGUCAACAACCAGUGGUAAAAAUAAAGUUGUAAUAUCGAAUGCAAGGACCUAUUGCCUUAUAUGCUACUCUUCAAAUAAUAACAUUAAUAAUUCUAGCAAUUUCGAUGAUAUAAUUUAUCUUAGUCGGUUAAUACGUUCUACGCGUCAUUCGAAUAUUGUUCGUUCAGCUCAGCCGCAUGAUUGUUAUUUCUCUAAUGCUUUUUAUGCCUUGAAUACAAUAACUCUCAGUAAUAAUGCCAAUAAUGAUAAUAAUAUUAGUAAUAAUAAGAUUGAUAAAAUUGUUCAAUUCAUGAAUGAUAUGGAAAAACAAGAUAAUCAUUUGUCACAUUGUAAAACAUCACCUACACAUAUCAGUCGAGAAUUUAUUAAAAAGUGUUAUGAACUGUAUGAAUUAAUGUUUGACAAGUUGCCUUCACCUACGAAUAACGACGAAAACACAAUGAAUAAUGUAGUAUUACGGUAUUUUUCAAAUUCAUUGGAAUAUUUGAAGUUGUCCAAAGCUAAAACAAUAAUGUGGAUGGAGGCACCUAUUGAGCUAUAUCUUUUACGUGAACUUAAAACUGCUUGCAGUAUCAUGACGAAUAAAUCUACUUUGGCUUCAACAAACAACAAAGUCAAUGAUUUGAAUAAAAUAUCUGACAAUAUUUUACGUCGAUUAGCCGUUGUUGGUUUAGGUCGAACCCGUUUAACCCGUUUAGCUGGUCUAGGCGGGUGGAAACAAUUUGCUGGGUUUUUAUCUUAUCAUCCGUCGUCAUCAUCAUCGAUUUCAGGAAAUUCCAAGAUUACUAGUCACACAAAUGAAGAAGCGGAUAUCGUUAGAAAUGCUUUUGUCACUGAUGAUCUAGAAACUAUUCGUAUACUUUAUGUUUAUUUUCGUAAUGUUUACAAAAAUCUUGAUCGUCAUGAAAGAUGUUAUUUAGAAAAUAAUAAUAACCAUCAUCAUAAAAAUCUAAUGAAGCCAUUCUCAUCGACGAAGUUAUCCAAUAAACAGCAUCGUCCAUUUUUAUUGUCCUACUUAGAUUAUCACUGUGAUAAUGUCGAAUUCGAUGAUGUUACUAAUAAACAUGAUAAAAAAUAUAUAUUAAGUGACAAAAUACAAGCAUGGAUAUCUUCUGGUAAUCAAUUAUUCGAUCCUCUUGGGCAUCGUCAAUUAUGCCCACUCAAUAUAGAUCAAUCAAUAGACCUAAUGAAAAAUGUACAAGCAAACUAUGAAAAAUCUCGAAUCAAAUUAAAAUUACCACCUUAUCCUAGUAUACCGGUAGAACCAAUCAAUUUGAAUCGUUACCGUGAUCCAUCACUUCUGUUAUUGAAGGAAAUGAACUCUUCGUCAUCAUCACUCUCCACAUCUUCAUCAGAUGCAGAAAAUUCAGAUACAGAUAAUGACUCACUUGGACUUGAAGAUGUUGACUAA